GUGGGCCAGUGCAAACUCAACAACACAGCGUGGCACUCCGGGAAAAAAAGCACAGGUUAGCUCUAGGAGGGGCCGCCGGGUCAGAUUUCCAGGGGAGCGCGACUCCUGAUUCGCUGAGGGACAGACACAGUUAUGAGUCUGCGCAGCUCUACAAGCAUCCUCAGCGCACGCGGCCCACAGCUGUACCUCAUCCACAGCGUUUGUAAAUCGUGGAUUUUUUUUGUGGAAACUCCAAGUCUUGCCUUGCCACGACCUCAGCAUCCUUCCCAGCUAGUCGAGGGGAGGAAAAAAAGAAAAGAAGCGAAACACGAAAAAGUUUUCCUGUCUCUCGGGAAAAGAUAAGUCGGCAUGGGUGAAAACGGGGCGUUCGUGUGACCAAAAGAAACAAACGAAGACAGAAUGGUUCACACGAUAAAAGAAUGAUAACAUAGGCAGCGUGUUGUUUUGUGUGUGAGAGGACGUGCAGGGGAAAAAACGGUGGAAAAGUUUAAAGGAGGGCCAGGCUAUGGCGCGGGAGAACGAAGACGCCGGGAUGGCUAAAGACGCCCCGAAAACCAAAAAGCAAAGGAAGAACAAAACGAAGGAGACCAAAACCAGGACCGUCCACGCAAACACACUCUACGACUUCGCCAAAGGGGAGGAAAACCCGAACCGACACUAUGCAAACAACAGAAUCAAGACGACCAAGUACACCGUGCUGUCAUUCCUGCCAAAGAACCUCUUUGAACAGUUCCACCGCCUCGCUAACGUCUACUUUGUUUUCAUCGCGCUGCUCAACUUCGUCCCGGUUGUCAAUACUUUUCUGCCGGAGCUGGCGCUGGCCCCUGUGCUGUUCAUCCUGUCCGUCACUGCUAUCAAAGACAUCUGGGAGGACUACAGGAGACACAGGUCCGACAAGGAGAUCAACCACAUGGACUGCCUGGUCUACUGCAGAGCGGAGAAAGGGUAUGUGGAGAAGUACUGGAAGGAAGUGCGGGUUGGAGACUUCAUCAGGCUGAGGUGUAAUGAGAUCCUCCCCGCCGACGUCCUACUAAUGAGCUCCAGCGACCCAGACCGCCUCUGCCACAUCGAAACCGCCACACUGGAUGGAGAGACCAACCUCAAACAGAGACAGGUGGUCCGCAGCUUCUUUGACCUGGACUGCGACUUUGACCCAUUAAAGUACAACAGUGUCAUUGAGUGUGAAAAGCCCAACAACGACCUGAACAGAUUCAGAGGAUACAUAAUUCACCAAAGUGGUAGAAGGGACGCACUUUACAAGGAGAACCUGCUGCUGCGAGGGUGCACCAUCCGCAACACGGAGGAGGCCGUGGGAAUCGUCAUUUACGCAGGUCAUGAGACCAAGGCCAUGCUGAACAACAACGGCCCGCGCUACAAGCGCAGCAAACUGGAACGACAGAUGAAUGUAGAUGUGUUCUGGUGCGUCAUCAUCCUGCUGGUGAUGUGCCUGUUUGCCGCUCUAGGUCACGGGCUGUGGAUGUUUCAGUACGGAGAUAAGAGACCCGUGUUUGACGUUCUUAGUCCAGAAGGAACAAACUUAUCGCCCAUCAUGUCUGCCAUUUAUCUCUUCCUCACUAUGAUCAUUGUCUUUCAGGUGCUGAUACCCAUCUCCCUUUUUGUGUCAAUUGAAAUAGUCAAGAUCUGCCAGGUGUACUUCAUCCAUCAGGACACGGAUCUGUACGACGAGGAGACGGACUCCCACCUGCAGUGCAGAGCCCUAAACAUCACAGAGGAUUUGGGCCAGAUGCAGUACAUCUUCUCUGACAAGACGGGCACGCUGACGGAAAACAAGAUGGUGUUCCGGCGCUGCACCGUGGCCGGGGUGGAGUACUCCCAUGAUGCCAAUGCUAAAAGGAUCGCCAUGUAUCAAGAAAUGGAUUCUGAGGAGGAGGAGUGCAUGUCUCACGGUGGCACGCUGCCCAGGCGGGACAGCGUCGGCAGCCACCAGAGCGCCCGAGUGGUUCUGCGCUCUCACAGCACCAAGUCGCACCGCCGGACCGGCAGCAGGGCGGAGGCCAAGCGCGCCAGCAUCCUGUCCAAACACACGGCCUUCAGCAGCCCCAUGGAGAAAGACAUCACCCCUGACCCACAGCUGCUGGACAAAGUGAACGACUGCAGCAGUCAGCUGGACUUCAUGCGCCUCCACAGCCAGCCCGUGUCCCAGCUGCCCUCUGACCUGUCCGACAUCUUCGACUUCUUCAUCGCUCUCACCGUCUGCAACACCGUGGUGGUGUCCUCCCCCAACCAGCCCCGUCAGAAGGUGAGGAUGAGGUUCGAGCUGAAGUCCCCAGUGAAGACCAUUGAAGACUUCAUCAAACGCUUCACUCCCAGCCGCCUGACCUCAGGCUCCAACAACAGCAGCUCCUCCAGCUUGAACCGCUCGUCCAACAAAGGAGGCUCCAGCAUGCUGUCGUCCCCGUCUGCAGAGAGCACGCUCACCAAGCUGAACGAAGAGCAGUCCAGCGGCGGGCUGGAGCACGCCUUCAGCCCCGCCCCGCCCUCCUACGAUGAAAAAGCCUUCUGCACCCCGGAGGAGGGAGAGCUUCGGUACGAAGCAGAGUCGCCCGACGAGGCUGCGCUUGUUUACGCCGCCAGGGCCUACAAGUGCUCCCUGGUGGGGCGUCUCCCCGACCAGGUGACCGUGGAGCUGCCUCACCUGGGGAAGCUAAACUUUGAGCUGCUGCACACGCUGGGCUUUGAUUCCACCAGGAAGCGCAUGUCUGUGGUGGUCCGACACCCUCUGACCGAUCAGAUCACCGUCUAUACCAAAGGAGCAGACUCCGUCAUCAUGGAACUCAUCAGACCCCCCAACACAGGCAACUCCAAAGGCCGACGGCAGAAAAAAAUCCUCUGCAGGACUCAAAACUACCUGAACCUGUACGCUGCAGACGGCCUGCGCACCCUGUGCAUUGCAAAAAAGGUUUUGAGCAAAGAGGAAUAUGCACGCUGGCUGCAGCAUCACUUGGAGGCAGAGACGGCCAUCCAGAGGCGGGAGGAGCUGCUCUUUGAGUCGGCCUUGAGGCUGGAAACAAACCUCCAUCUUUUAGGAGCGACUGGCAUCGAGGACCGGCUGCAGGACGGCGUGCCGGAGACUAUAGCUUCACUUCGCAAAGCCGGUUUGCAGAUAUGGGUGCUGACAGGUGACAAGCAGGAAACGGCGGUCAACAUCGCAUACGCCUGCAAGCUGCUGGACCCCGAGGAGGAGCUCCUGACGCUGAACGCCGACUCUAAGGAGGCCUGCAAGCUGCUGUUGGAGGAGAGUUUACACUACAUCCAGGCCAAGUUCCUCUGCAGCUCUGGAGACGCAUCCGCUAAAGACUUGCACGCCAACGUCUCCUCCUUUGAGAUUUAUCCUCCCGCGCCUCCGUCCUCCCACGGUGCCUCCUUCUCCGUUCAUCAGCUGGGCCUGGUAAUCGACGGGCGGACUCUGGCCUACGCUCUAGACACCAGCCUGGAGGAUAAGUUUCUGGCCGUCGCUCGGAGCUGCCGCUCCGUGCUGUGCUGUCGCUCAACGCCGCUGCAGAAGAGCAUGGUGGUCAAACUGGUGCGGAACAAACUGAAGGUCAUGACCCUGGCCAUAGGGGAUGGAGCCAACGAUGUGAGCAUGAUCCAGGUCGCCGAUGUGGGGGUGGGGAUUUCCGGUCAAGAGGGUAUGCAGGCGGUGAUGGCGAGUGACUUUGCUCUCCCACGUUUCCGGUAUCUCCAGAAGCUCCUGCUGGUUCACGGACACUGGUGCUACUCUCGCCUGGCAAACAUGAUUCUGUACUUCUUCUACAAAAACGCUAUGUUUGUGGCGCUCAUCUUCUGGUAUCAGUUCUACUGCGGGUUCUCUGGUUCAGCCAUGAUUGACCAGUGGUACCUGAUUUUCUUCAACUUGAUGUUUUCCUCCUUUCCUCAACUCAUCAGCGGCACUCUGGACAGAGACGUGUCUGCAGAGACGCUCCAACAACUACCUCAGCUCUACACGAGCGGCCAGAACUCUGAGGAAUAUAAGCCAUACAUGUUCUGGAUGAACAUGAUUGAUGCCUUCUACCAAAGCCUGGUCUGCUUCUUCAUCCCUUACUUUACCUACACUGACUCGGACGUGGACCUGUUUACAUGGGGAACUCCCAUCACUGCCAUCGCUUUACUCACCAUCCUGCUGCAUUUGAGCAUCGAGACCAAGACCUGGACCUGGAUGAACUGCCUGUCUAUCACCUUCAGCAUAGCCUUAUUCUUCACCGUGGCUCUGUGCUACAACGCCUCCUGCCCCACCUGCUACCCCCCCUCCAACCCCUACUGGACCAUUCAAAGGCUGUUGCAGGACCCCGUCUUUUACCUGCUGUGCACCAUCACGCCUGUGGCUGCACUGCUGCCCCGAUACUUCUACAGGGCGUGUCACAGCACACUGUUUCCAAACCCGGUGCAGGUCGGACGGCAGCUGGAUAAACUUCCAGCCGACACUCGCAGGAACAUUCUGAGCCUGAGCAGGGUCAAGAUGGGGUCGUGGCUCAGCCCCAGACCUCCCUCUCUGCCCGUUGGCAAACCCCAGAACUGCGUUCAGAAGGACCAGAGGAGCAAACUGGCUCAUGGAGAUGCAGAAAGCGUCCAGCAGGGGGCAGCCCGCCCCCCAGGUCCCAAGAGCUGUACCAAAAACGAUCCUCUGCUCUCAGAGGAGCUGCAGCCGGCCUCUACCAAAGACCCUUCAGACCCCAGUCCCUGCAGCUGGAUGACCUCCACCCCUGUGGUCGCACAGAUGGACCGGGUGCAGCUGAACCUGCCCCCCAGCAUAACCUCGCCCUGCGUGGCAUACGUGAGGAGUUCAGAGGCGCCGCUCAGCCGUGAGCAGACCCCUCCCUGCUCACACGGGAGCGAGCAGGGGGCGGAGCCGGCGCUCUACACGGUCCUAUGAUGUCCAGAGGGAUCCCAGCCGUUCCCCAGUUUGCACAAUAGUUUUUUAAAUCUAAUUUUAAUGUAUUUUUCAGUUAGAUCUUUUAUAAAAUAUACACAAAGGUACUUUAUAUUUGUAAUGUAAAGCGAAAUAUUUUUGAGAUUUGGGAGAGGUUGAAAAGGUUUUUAUUUUAUUUUUCUGUGCUGAAUGUGCCUUUCAACAAAGCUUCAUCAUCUCAAGUUUUGAUCAGGUUUUAAAGCUGAAUAGAGGAGGUUCGUGGAGCUGGACCGGUUACAGGGGCAUUGGGUUCUGGACCAGAUGCUGCUUCAGCUCCCAGGUAGAAAAAGCUUUUCUGAUUGGGGAUUUCAAUGCUGGACAUUCCAGAGUUCUAAGCAUGUCUUAUCUAUUGCUGCUGGAUCACAAACUGUGCAUUUUACUCCGUUUCAAUCGUGUCACAGAUCUUUAUGUUUAAUGCAUAUUGUGACAACUUAGGAAAAUGUAAUAUUUUCCCUUCAUAGCCAGGAGCUAUGCUGUUUUAUGUUUCUGUCUGGGUAUACGUGGACUUUUUUUUUUUUUUCUCCACGGUUCAGAAUCAGGUUGAGGUUGAACAUUAACACAAAUGUCUUCACAAAUGAAGAAAGGCGCUCAGAGCUGACUCAUUGGAAUUCUGAGCAGCUUAUAGAUUUUCAUUUUUGGCUCGUCAUUUACCAAAGAUCCAUAAAACUUGAUCAUUUUAUUUAAAAAAGUGUUGAGAAAGACCUGAGCAUCGUAAAAUAUCAGUAGAAUUUGCAGAGAAAUAUGCAGAACUGCCCAGAUUCUUUAGGAAUUUUACAACAUAGUAUUUAUAAUAAAAUUUGCUUUGCUGGUCUAAAUGUGAUGCUAUUUGGUACAUUUUGCCACAGCGUACAGUUUCAGUUUUUACACGUGAAAGACCUCAUCAGAACUAAAACUAAAGCAUGAGGGACCAAAAAGCAAUUUUGAGAUGUUUUUGACUUUUGUAGCCUUGCACAAAACCAGAUUGGCCGUCAGUCUCCAUGACAACCUGGUUAAUCUGUCUGGAGUUUCAUGUUUGGAAGCCAACUAGAAUUUUUGAUCAUUUGGUGCAGCUAGUUAACUUAGUUAGUUAGUCUUGGCUUAUGUCAACAUAAAAAUAAUUCCAAAAACGCUUCUUUUUUUUGACUACAGCCAUAGCCAGAAGUUUGAAAUCUUUUUUUAGCAGGUUUAAGUCCAAAAAUAUGCAACCUGACAUAGUGUUGAGCUAGUUUUAGCUAGCUGUGGCCAAAAGUUAGCAUGUGUAGAAAUGGACUAAUCCCUGAAAAUCUUUAUUUUACUUUCAGCAAAGCACAUUUUUGUCGUUUUCAGCCCAAUCUGACACUAAAAUAAGCUAAAGUCUGCCUUUAUCUGUAAACAAACCGUUUACUCCUAAGAAGUUGAGUUUUGUCAUAUUGUUGCUUUAUCUGACCUUCAGAAGUUUAUCUGAUGUUUUAUAAAGAAUAUUUUUUUUCUGUCUUCAUCUGCAAACUGCAUUUAUCCACAGCUGUUUUAUUUCUUUAUUUUUAUAUCUUAGCAUUUUCAUUUGCACUUUGAAAGUAUUGUACAAAACAUUGACAGUAUGCAAAGGAAAUGAGCUGUGUUUUCAUUUUGCUGAAAUUGUUUUUAAGAGACCAACAGAGAUCCUUACAUUUGUUCAUUGUUGUAUUUGUCAGUAAACCAAAGUAUUUACCAAAGAGCAUUUUCAUACGUGCCUUAACACUGGAAUAAAGUCUGCAAAUCUGCCCUUAAUGCUG